CCAUGGUCAGGGAAGAUGAGAGGAGGAGGAGGAGGGGAAGAGAAGCGGGCUAGAGGAGGAAGAGGGAGAGGGAGAGAGCACAGAGAACAGAGAAGAGAGAACAGAGAAGAGAGCAGGAAGUAGCUGAGUCAAGUCUGAAACUGUAGACCUGAAGUGCAAACCUGCAAGUCUCCCUUGUGUUGCAUUCUUUGCGCUAAGAUUGCACGAUGCAACUGCGAGACAUCUCAGUUCGAAUAUCGUUGGGUAUUUUUCUCGCCAGCCUUCAUUUGUGCUCUUGUCAAACUUCGCCAUGGUUUAACGCUUCAGAAACUGUCGCAUACCUUGCAAGAGAUUGGAAGGGCUCGGGGUAUGCAGACGGCAGUACAACAGGAGCAAGCUAUCUAUACUCACCUUUGUCCAGUGGCUCCUGCCUUCCUCAACCUGGCUGGCCUUCGCCUUGCCCGGUAGAUCAGAUCGACUUGAUCUUACUCGACCCAGCGCAAUAUGUGGGGACGGAACAAGUGAAGAUGAACUUGACUUUGAGGUUCCACGGAGACGUGUUUCAGAGCUCACCGGGGGCAGACAACUACUACGGUAUGCCAGAUGGUUGUGCGUAUGAGCGAAACCAUACUGUCCAUGCAGACUUUAACGUUUCAGAUGGAACUGUAAUCAUGACUAUUCAGAAAACAACAAGUGACUAUAUCGCUUGCGCUCUCAACUUCGGGACCUCUUACUCACAGCAUAAAUCGUGGAACGAUAACUCAAAG